CAAGGGUAGCUCUAAGUUCUUAUCUGUUCUAUAGAGUUUAGUGUCACUCUCUGUGAUCAGUUUCCAUGGCUAUGGCACAUCUAAUAUCUUCUCCUAACGUCUCUUCACUCUCAACUGGUGCAAAUCUUUGGAGCACAAAACUCUCCUUCAACAGUAUUUACUGUGAAAGUUCUGGUGGAUCAAAAGCUUCCCAGCUCAAAAUAAAACCUCAAACACAAUACAAUCCUUUGAUGUUUCAACAAUCACCUUUUAAUCAUCAUUACAAAAGCAUUGAAAGAGGAACCACAAAUAAAGAAAGCAAUAAAUGUUAUGUUGUGAAAGCCGUCACUGUACCAUCUUCUGAGUCAGAAUCUGAAGCUUCCAACUUCAAAAACAUUGUGGACUCUGUCAAAAAUUUCAUGGCCGUUUUGUACCAAUUUAUUUACCCUUACGUAAUGUAUGGUCGAACAUCAGCUACAAUUUCGGCGUCUCUCGUUGCAGUAGAAAAACUAUCAGAUAUAUCUCCGUUGUUUUUUAUUGGUUUGUUACAGGCUUUGUUACCUUCCUUGUUUCUGGAUCUUUACGUUAAUGGAGUGAAUCAAGUGUUUGACUUUGAAAUAGAUAAGAUAAACAAACCAUAUCUUCCAUUGGCCUCUGGGAAAUUAUCCUUCAGAAAUUGUGUCUUUAUUGUUGCCUCAUCUGCAAUUAUGGGUUUAGGGCUUAACUUGAUGAUAGGUUCUACUGCAUUGAUUUGGAACUUUGUGUUGUGCGCAACAUUAUGGACUUGCUAUUCUGCCAAUUUGCCUUUCUUACGAUGGAAGCAAAAUCCGGUGCUGGCAUCAUUAGUCAUGCUUUCUUGUUGGACAUUUAUACUUCCAGUUACAUACUUCCUUCAUAUGCAGACGUUUGUGUUGAAGAGGCCACUUGUGCUUACAAGAUCAUUGAUUGUUACUCUGCUGUUCUUGACUUUCUACGCUACUGGUUUAUCAUUAGCCAAGGAUAUACCUGACGUAGAAGGAGAUAUAAAACAUGGCGUUGAUUCUUUCUCAGCACGUUUAGGCCAAAAAAAAGUAUUUUGGAUUUCUGUUUUCCUAUAUGAAAUAGCAUUUGCAGUAGCCUUUUUGGCAGGAGCAUCAUCCUCAUCUCCCUUCUGGAUUAAAUUUGUCACGUGUCUUGGAAAUGUUGUUCUUGGUUCAAUUCUGUGGUACCAGACCAAAUACGUAGACGUGACAAAUCCAGCUUCCACUAGAUCCUUCUAUUCAUUGAACUGGAAGUUGAUGAUGGGUGCACACGUUCUUCUUCCUUUAAUUAGAUAAAGUGUCACUGAAUAUUAAAACAACUUUGCAACACAUGCAACAGAAUAACAUAGAGACCCUUCGCAUCCAAAUUAAUCGAAGCAAUAUUUGUGUUUCCUAUAUACAACGAGUUUUGAAUCAUUUAGGUUAU